UCUGUCGUGAUUUCCUAUGCAUGAGCUGUCUAAUCAGCCCAAGAGUAACCCGAUUCCCUUGCUCCUUGCUGGAAAAAAAGUCGGGGCUCUACCUCAGCUCAGCCACAAAGCAGGAGAAAAUGGCCAUCAUCUCUGGCGCCGAGGAAAAGUAUUUAGAAAGAAUGACCUCCAUUCAACAGAGCAUUCAUCAACGAGAGAAACAGAGGCUACAGUUGGAAAAUGAGCUGUUUACAUGCACCAGACCCAACAAACGAACGAUCUCUCAGAUAAAAGGUUCCAAACUGCACGGUUAUCUCAAGCAAAUCUGUGUCAGGGAGGCACAAGCGAAAAUGAGAAACCUUGAGCUUUUGAGAGAUGUGGAGUGUCUUCAAAUUAGCAUUCAACAAUACAGGCCUAACCUUUUUGCUUUGCAACAACAAAAGGCGGAAUUUUCAAAUAAAAUUGAAAAAUUUAUGGAACAAACGAAGACAAUGGAAAAUUUAAAGCGGAAAUCUGUCCAAAGCAAUUGCGAAGACAACUCCUCUCACAAAGCAGAUGAUUUCACGGAUGCACAUGCGGUCAUCUCACUUGGCCGCCAAACCUCCAGAGGUUCCCACAAUGCAACUGGUAUCACAAGUGCACUCUCAGACCAAGCUUUGCACAGUUCACCCAAUCGUAGCUUGUCCACAUGCAAACAACUACCAAGUGGCCCUUUGACAGACAUCACAGUUGUCAGAGAGGAUGCCAGCGCCAACCGAGCACAUUUAUCAGAUGACAUUUCAGAUUCAAACAAUUCUCCUGACGGUCCUAAUUCGACUGACAAACACGGAAAAAGGUUGGCAAUGCUUCAAUUUUCUGAAGCUGCAGAACAGUUUUUUGAACAUGGUGAUGAACAAGAACCUGAACCUCAGAUGACCUUUAAUAGUCCAAAGAGGAAUCUAUCUCAAGGUAGCAGCAAUGACCCAAUAGGGCUCCAGAAUCCCUCUGCUGCACACGUUAACGGCAAAGAGAUUGCUCCACAGACACCCUCAAUGGAAAAUCCUGGGAGAGGUUUCAGUUGCUUGAUGCCUCAAACAUCAUUUGCAAGAAAAUCUGAAGAUCGCUCAGGCAGAUCUGGAAGUUUCAACUCUAGUUUUGAUGAGCAGUUGUCGGAGAGCAGUGAGAGUCACCUGUCCAUUUCUAUUACACAAUCCGAUUCAGGAGAUGAUGAGCUGGAGGAUGAAGCAACUGCUAGGAAUAACGGAUCUGAAGGAAUAUGGCACAGUGCUUUUUCAACAGCUAAGGAAACACCUCAGUUACUUUCCAUUAAAGGAUUCUUUAAACUUCUAGACUCAAUUGAGGAUCGACUCCGUGGUGAACAAACAAGAGUGUACGGAAACGUAUCAAUUGAUGAAAGACAACUUUUUAGAAUUAUCAGCCUUUGUGACAGUGAAGCGGGCUUGAAUGAGGAGGACCUUGAAGCAUGCAGUGCAGUGGUGCUUCAUGAGCUCCAGAGGUUGUCAUUGAGCACCGAGAAGGGUUGCCUACUAUCGCAUGAGCUAGUGAGUGCACACCAGUCCAACACUGAGCAUAUGGCAGCCAGCUUCCCUUCUGAUGCCGCUCGGCUGUGGGAUCGCUGGUUCAAGCACGCCCUUCUGCUCAAGGAGAGCCAUGUCCUCAGCACUGAGCGCUUGGUCGAACUGUUCGCACCGCUGUUGGUGGAGCGUCAUGCAACAUACCACCACCAGGCCAAAGUGCUGCUGAGGACACUUCUUUCCCGGUCCAGUGAGGAGUGCCCCUCAGCAGAUGAGGAGAGUGACUCUACUUGUUCUUGUGGCCCUCCUUUUCGCCCAGCUCAUGGUGGUGAUGCGAAGCCUGCCAGGAGGAUCCAAAAGCAACAGAUCCAAGAACUACAAAGUACUGAAGAGGAGAGCCACGACGAAAGCCCUGUGAAAAGUGUUCCUAUUAGAGAGACAAAAGCGUAUCAGUUACUUAAGCUAUCAGCCAUGCAAGAACGACUGCAGAGUUCUGAAGAGGAAGGAGACGGAGAUGAGAAUGACCCCCCAGGAACAAAUCAUGGCCCAGAAGUGGACCUUGGGCGGGCCAAACGCUCCUCACAUCAAGACCCUUACCCUCGGAAAGACAUCAUGAACCCAAAGAUUUAUUCAGCUCUGCAGUCAAAAGAGCUGUGGGGGGACUCAGAUGACAGCAACUCAGACAUCGAAGCAGCCUUGCGACCGCAACCUUUCAACACAAAUGAUGACGACACAGAUGACUUCUACGACUGAUGCAUCUCAGAUGAUGUGGUAUUGAAAAUAAUGCACUUAUAUAAAGGUGCCUGUUCACAUAGCUUGUUAAUAAGUUAUUUCACUCUUUGACUGCUAUUUUAUUAUCCUGCAUUGUAUACUUUGCAGAGAUGUCUUAAAAACAAAUAAUAGAACUGUCAACUCUCACUGGUUGGAGUAUGUGAAGGGGUGCCCAACACUUUACUGUUAACCCUGCUUCAAUCUCUUUAUGUGAACAACUCUCCCAGCUCAUAAUAGCAGCUCGAAAUAGAUUAAACUGAUCUUUUAAAGCGAUUUGUUUGCACUGGGCUGAAAAUUAUGCAUUUUGAUGCCGCAAGCAUCUCCGAGUGCUCUGCCUCCGGCAUGCUCGAGUGUAGUGAUGUGAGUCACCUGUUAAAUGACAAAACACAAUGGCCUCUCGGCACGCUGCCGAAUGACCUGUGAACUGUCUAGAGAGGACCAUCCCUGCGUCCCCUACCCCCACAAGGUACAAAGGGUUAGCACAGUCCAAAUGUGCCCUUGAAGGUUUCCAGCUGCCAUCAAUCGUUCAAAUUCUCUAGGAUUAUUUUAAUAGCUGCAGCGUGCCAUUUUGUGCUCAUGUUUCAAGUCAGGGAUGUUUUAAGUUCAAUAAAUGGUCAAGUUAAUUAUUUUAAUUACUAGAUUAUAAUACCUUACCCAGGGGAUGACAUACAGAUUGUUACAUUUUGUGUAACUACAUUAAUUUAUACUUGUAUUUUAGUUCUCAAGAGUGUCACAUUUUUUCCAUGUUUCCUUUUCAUGUGAGCAUGUAUUUUGCAGUACAAGUGUGCUAUAGGAAUCAUGCCUGCUCCUCCUAAUUGGUCAUUGUUUGGUUCAAAAUACAGCUUCAACACACGAAGGAGCUACAGGUAAGAUUUAUUAGUAGUUGCUCAUCUGUCUUAGGUGAGCUUCAGUGUGAUUGAAGUGAACACAGAUAAGGAGGAAGUUUGGCAUACUACAGUAACGCGCAUCUGUGCACAGAUGUAUGUUUUUUACGUACAGGGGUGUUAUAGAGAUCUGACUUAUUCAUGUUUGCGCAUCUGUGUAACAACUUGAACAUCCAUUUAAUAUCGCCCUACUUCGGUUUGUUCCUUGGGGUGACAAACGGAGACCAAUGUAUCCAUUUCCGAUGCAAUACGAAUCCAUGAAAAAGAUAUAUGUCCUCACAGCAGGCAGUGAAGUUCAUGAAACGCUCAGGAAUCGACCAAAAUGUAUGCAUGUGUAAAUGUUAAAUGAAGAAGAAAGGGUAACUGCAGUGUGGAAGGUAACUGUCUUACUGCCUAUGACAGAUUAUGUUGCCACAUACUUUGUGUUCAUAUUUAAUUAGUUAAAAAGCAUUCAUCCACGUAUUCUAUCGUCAAUUAAUUUGAGGUCACACUUAAGUUCAAUUUUUAGGAAUUUUUUUCCAAAACAGAUUCCAAAUUAUAUAAAAUAAUUUUUGACCAUUUGAAUUUACUGGUUUCAACACCACAUUAAUUUGUAACCAUGCAGGUGAUGGAGAUUUGUUUUUGACAAAUAUGUUUUUUAGCUUCUCUUUUACAAUAGUAUAAAAAAGUGUCUGAACCUUUUGUACUAUCUCACAUUUCUGCAUAAAAUCCCCAUGAAAUGUGAUCUGAUCUUUGUCAAAAUCACACAGAUGAAAAAACAGUCUCUGCUUUUACUAAAACCUCCCAAACAUUCAUAGGUUUUCAUAUUUUAAUGAGGAUCGUAUGAAAGAUCCAAGACAUGCAGAUUCCUGGGAUGUCUGGCAUGAAUCGCUGUCUUUAGGUCAUGCCACAGCAUCUCAAUGGGGUUCAAGUCUGGACUUUGACUUGGCCACUCCAGAAUGUGUAUUUUGUUCUUCUGAAACCAUUCAGAAGUUGAUUUGUUUCAGUGUUUUGGAUCAUUGUCUUGUUGCAGCAUCCAUCUUCUUUUUAGCUUCAAGUGUCUGACAUACUACCUCAUGUUUUCCGCAAAACAUCCUGAUAAACUUUUGAAUUAAUUCUUAUUAAAGAAUUAUUAAAGAUUGCAAGUUGUCCAGGCCCUGAGUUAUCAAAACAGCCCCAAAUCAUGAUGCUCCCUCCACCAUGCUUCACGGUGGGGAUGAGGUGUUGAUGUUUGUGAGCUGUUCCAUUUUUCCUCCACACAUGACGUUGUGUGUUACUCCCAAACAAUUCAACUUUUGUUUCAUCAGUCCACAAAAUGUUUUGCCAAAACCUUUGUGGAGUUUCCAAGUGCCUUUUUGCAAACAUUAAACCAGCAACAAUGUAUUUUUUUAGACAGCAGUGGCUUCCUCCGUGGAGUCCUCCCAUGAACACCGUUCUUGGCCAUAGUUUUACAUAUAGUUUAUGUGUGCAGAUAUUGAACUGUGCCAGUAAUUUCUGUCUUUAGCAGACACUCUAGGAAUCUUUUUUUACCUCUCUGAGUAUUCUGCGCUGAACUCUUGGCAUUAUCUUUUGUGAGAUCUUGUGAGAGAAGCAGCAGUGCGAAAGUCUAUCCAUUUGUAGAUUUCAAUUGCUCUUUAAGUCUCCUUAAAAUAUAAAAACCUAUAAAUGUUUGGGUGGUGUAGUUAAAACAGACAUUGUUUUUACAUCUGUGUGAUUUUGACAAAGAUCAGCUCACAUUUGAUGGCCAUUUUAUGCAGAAAUGUGAGAAAUUUUCAAAAGGUUCCGAUACGUUUUCAUACCACUGUAGUGAAAUGAGGACGAUUUUUUUUUUUUUUUUUAUGUUUGUUUACUGAUUGAAAAUGGAUACGCAAAGGUUAAAGAGUCUUAUAGUAAGUAAAUGUUUGUACAGACAUUUUUUUUACAUUUGUUAUUUAAGCAAACAGCUUUCCUUUCUUCACCACUCCAUGAUAAUAUUAUAGCUUUGACCUCCUUAACUCAUAUCCACUAAUUUAUUCUUAACUCGAAUAAUUUAGUACUUUUCAUAUUAGUGUUGUAUCUUUUUGUUUUUUCGAGUAUGUCAAAAUUCAAUAAUUCUCUUGCCAGACAACAUAUCAAUGUUUUUCCUGAAUCUAUGAAAAAUGAUUGAUGUUUGGGGUUAGGGGGGCAUUAUUGCAUUUCUGAAUACAGUAUACUCUUUUAACCUGAGAAUUGUUUACACUGUCAAGUACGUGCAGAUUUUAUUGUAAAUUCAAUGUGAAUUAAACUAUGAUCUAACAGCACUAUUGAAUGUUUUUGACCCUGUGUCACUCUGAUGAAUACCUUGAGGAAUAAAUAAUUUCACAAUUCUUUUGAAGGAAGGUUUGACAUCAAUUAGACUACAUAUAAACAUCACUAUGUACAUUCUAGAGGUCUAGAAGUUUAAGAGCUUGUAUUAGCUUCACUAGUGCAACUAUAGAAUGACUUGUUUGUUUAUUCACUAUUGUUCAAUUUGUGGAUUUAGGGUUGGAUUCGGGUCACAGAAAUGACGGAUGUGUUUCAGAAGUCAUGUAAUCUACUUUCAAUUUUAUGGUAGACGGAUGGACAUAUCCAGCUGCUAUGUGAUUUCUUUAUUUGUUGCCCUCUCAAAAGUUAUUUUUCAAUUCAGUUGUAUUGGUCAAAUGUCAUACUAAUGAUGAAAAAGGUUUUAAAAUGCUUAUCUUGGUUUCAUUUUUAUAUUCUAAAAACCUUGUUUUUUUAACAGUUUAUAUAUCCAUACUUGUAUAAUUCUACCGUAUACCAUCUUUCAAAAUCGUUAGUAGUGACCAACUGUGAGGAGGUUGGCUAUAGUGAUCUAUGCAUCUAAGUGUGUAUUAUUAAUUUUUUUUCAUAUUUUUCUCAAAAUCAAACGCUUAACAAACACAAAGGACAGCAUUACAAACUCAUCCGUAGUGAGUGGCACGACCCAUCUUCAAAAGAACAUCACUCGAAAAUUAUACAGCAAAUAUUUGUUGGUGUAUUGAAAUUAAAAGGAUAGAUGGAUGGAUUUGAAAACAUUGUAAUGAAAAAAAAAUAUAGCCAUAGCAUAACGGCCAAUCAUAUACUAUUAUCCCACCACCCACUCCCCUGUGUAUGGGAUUGCAAUGAUAUGUUGGUUUCUACUUACAGUCCACAAUAAAUGUUAUCAUUGGUGUGGCGAGCAGAUUUGAUUGCAGCUUUAUACAUAGUGUGCGUCUCCUGUGAUGUGAAAAAAGCCUGUGGCAUUUAAUGUCAGCAGGAUUCCAUUAGUAAGCUUCAGGUGACCGUAAAUAUCAAAACAGCAUAUUCAUUAUUCAUAAUGUAAUGGCAUCAGACAGCCCUGACCUACCACAGAAAAAGGGACUGCGGCAGAAUAAUUUGGAGUUUGCUAAAAGGCUACCCUCACAUAAUAUCCAUGUUAAGGAGCAUGUCAACAGAUACUUGAGAGCAACAUAUUUGCUCAUAUUGGAAGUGGAGUUAGAUUGUUCUAAUGUGAAGUCACAUUUUUUUUAGAUCAGCUUUGUGGUUCCUUGGCACACAAUAAUGAUAUUCCACCUCUUCUCUUAAUGUGUGUGAGACUCUUCAUGGGAGUAGCCUAAUGCACUGGCGUUAAGGGGUCACUCCAACACUGGUUGUCUGUUUUUCGACAUGUUGUCUUUCUUUUUUGGCAUAAUAAAAGAUGAAGGCAGAGGAUAAACCUAUCAUAACUGGAAUAGUUUAAAAGUAUAAAAUAAUUAAAUACAGUGGGCAACAAUAAGUGAUUUUUUUUUGUUUGUCUGACACCUGUGUGUAACUAAAAUUUGCUCACGAAACUGAUCUCGAUUUUUCUCUCUUCAAGAUGACCCAGGCAAAAGCUGGACUCCACUGCGGACUUGUCGGCAAUUACUGGGUAUUAGGUCUGCAUAAAAUAUCGUUUGAACAUCACCAUUGCAGGACGUGUUUUUUUAUUUUUAUUUUGAAAACGCAAACUUUUGUUUUGCUUCAUAAAAGAUACAAGUGUGCUAAGACAUGGCCUCCUGGAUUCCUUUAAUACACUACAAUCUUCAUAAUUCACAGAAGACCCCCCUUAGCCUUAGCAUCAGCCUUAGCAUUCACAUACUCACUAUUCCACUGAGUGGAAUAUUAAACACAAACUUCCAUUACUAAACCAUCAGCGACAGGAGAUGGUUUUAACCUU